AUGAGAAUUUCGGAAAAUUUCGUUAACAUUGAGGUUCCCGAUUUGUGUUAUUGUUCCGAAUUUUGUCCAUUAAGAACUUCAAGGACUCCAUCAAACCCUGGUCGUAGAUUUUUCGGAUGUAAAGUUCCAAAGAAAAAUGGUGGAUGUGAGUACUUUAGAUGGAUUGAUCCAAAACCUUCAAUUUCUGUACAUCAAUAUCCUGAGGUAGAAUCGAGCUUAAUGAUAAAGUGCAAAGAUGGUGGAAAUCCGUGUGAUCGAUUGAAGCAAAAGCUCAAAGACGUUGAACAAGAGAGGAACACUUUGUGUGAGAAAUUGAAAGAUAGUGAAGGGAAGUUGAUUGCAUUGAGGCAAAAACUCAAAAAAGUUAAACUUGAAAGGGAAUGUGCUAAGCUCAAAUUGAAUAGACUUGUUCUAUUUCUUCUCAUUGUUCUUACUGUAAAGUGGUUCUUUAAUAUGGUAUAA